CUGCUGACAGCCUUAUAAAUAGUCGCCUUUGCGGGCGGCCGGCGAGGACAGGCAGGGCACGCACUGGCCCCGGCGCCCACCCGCACCCCUCCCCCAGGGGCGACAGCCUGGGGACCCCCUCAGUUGAGAACCGUACAGACUGUGGCCACAGUGCUGACUCGGCUCCCCAGACCUCGGCAGGAUGGAAGAGAAGCUGAGGAAGACCAAGAUCGUCUUUGUGGUGGGCGGGCCUGGUUCGGGGAAGGGCACCCAGUGUGAGAAGAUUGUCCAGAAGUACGGCUACACCCACCUCUCCACCGGGGACCUCCUGCGGGCUGAGGUCAGCUCAGGCUCGGCCAGGGGCAAGAUGCUGUCGGAAAUCAUGGAGAAGGGGCAGCUGGUGCCACUGGACACAGUGUUGGACAUGCUCCGAGACGCCAUGGUGGCCAAGGUAGAUACUUCCAAAGGCUUCUUGAUCGACGGCUACCCCCGGGAGGUGAAGCAGGGGGAAGAGUUUGAGCGGAGGAUCGCACAUCCUACGCUGCUGCUGUAUGUGGACGCAGGCCCCGAGACCAUGACCAAGCGGCUCCUGAAGCGCGGAGAGACCAGCGGUCGUGUGGACGACAACGAAGAGACCAUCAAGAAGCGUCUGGAGACCUACUACAAGGCCACGGAGCCCGUCAUCGCCUUCUACGAGAAACGCGGCAUCGUUCGCAAGGUCAAUGCGGAAGGCACCGUGGACAGUGUCUUCUCCCAGGUCUGCACCCACCUGGACGCCCUCAAGUAGCAAAUCUGGAGCCCCUUCCCCAGCUCAGAGCCCCACCCCACCCUCGUCCUGACUCAAGGCCUUCCCCGCCUGAGCUCAACGCCUCCACCCUGCCCGGCUGGAGCACAGGCAGAGGAAGCCACUUUAUCCUGUUUUCAUGGACAGCCGAGCACUAAAGGAAUUUCCAAGGACA